AUGAACUUCUUCUGCCUUAUCUUAUCAGCAAUAACGAUUGUUUUGGCGGAUGUUGACACAAAUUACUCGAAUGAUUUUAGUAAUUUCGACGGACAAGAAGCGCCUACUUUGAAACCUGUUGAGUUAUUAUCUGCUAACAAUGACAAUAAGAAAAUUUCAGAAGGUCUUAAGUCAACGGUGUCAUUUAAUUAUAGGCAAGAGAGGACAGGGCGUGUCCCUCAAAUAGAGGCCAGAAAAGAAAAUAUUCAGCAUUACUUCCGAGUGCGAAGACCAGUAGAAAGAAGAAAAAUAUUUCAUAUUAGAAAUGACCACAGAUACCGUGGAAAUAUAAAGUCACUCCGUGAUGAUAUUACUCAACCACUCGUUUUGGAGAAUACAAUGACAAACGAAACGCCAAAAAAUGCCAUUACUGGUGGUAAUAAUUCAGAGAAUUUGCCCGAAAUUAUUGAAAUUGUUCAAGGUGAAAUAAUACCGUAUUCACAACAAACAUCUGGUGAUAUGAAACCAACCAAGUUAACCUCAAAUCUUCCGGAAGCAAAUAUCACUUACACCAUUGCUCCCGUUAAAAUUAAUUCUGAUAAGAAAGAAGAAACACCUUCUUUUGAAAGGGAAUUACAUAAGGAGCUUUCUUCAAUAAAUAAUGAGUCAGAAAAAUCAUCGGAGGAAGGACAAGCAAAUACAAAUGAAGAUGACACAAAUAGCUCGUCAGAUGGGAUUAAUGAUGAUUUUAUUGAAGGAAAUCCCGUAAUACAAGAUGAGUCCAAAAUUAUAAGUGAUUCUUUCAAUAAUAGUGACAGAAACACAGAUAAAAAUAACUCAACACCUGACUUUGAAGUCGUAAUAAAAGCGAAAAUAUUAGAACAAAAACCAUUACCCCGAUUAAGGUAUCGCGGUAAUAAAAAGUUUACGUACAGUGACGAAGACAUACCGAGUGUGGUCAUAAAAGAAAUAUCCGAAUCAGGUGCUAUACCUGUGGAAGUUUCCCAUGAAUUAUCCAAUCUGAACAGUGCAACAAAUAUUCCACAAGAAAGCAAGGUCGACGAUAGCACUGAAGUCUCAAUAAAUGAAGAUGCAAAUAAAUAUGAAAGCAGUUCACCAGACACAAUUAUUACUGACAUAGAAACAAAGAGCACUUCAAUAACUCCAUUUUCUAAUACAGACUUAGGAUUUCAAUCAGAAAAUAAACCAAUGCCGAGUAAUAAUAUUUAUGGCGAAGAUGCACAUGUGGGAGAUGUAAGUAACGAAGACUCCACUCCUGUUCAACUAAAUUUGCCUACAGCAUUUAAUCCCGAAUUAAAUUUAUCUUAUAAUGAAGAAAACAGUUCCUCAACCCCUCCGGAAUACACAUCAAGUACUGAAAAUAUUGCACCUUCACCGGCAAUACGUAUGCGUAGAAGAAAACUUAGAAAUCGUAAAAGACUACAGUCACAAAUAACAGAAGCAGAAACUGAACUUACUACACCUGAAAGGAUAUAUCCCGUGAGAGAGAUAACUGCUUCUGAAAUUUCAACACCGAAAUAUUAUGAAGACAACUUACAACCCACAUCACAAAUCCCAGAUUCUAGUAUAGAUACAGAACAGAUUGCUGCUUCCACGAGCUCCUCAACAAACUUAUACUCUACGGAAAGGGUUACUACACAUAAUAAAAAAGCACAUAGACGUUUCCGUCCAAGGCAAAGAUUUAGUAAUCGUCAUACUAUUAGUACACUUAAACCGUCUGAAGAUUUAGAUAAAAGCACAAAUGGUCCAAUUAUUGAGAUCAUUGGCAUUUCUGAAAUUCCAUAUAUCACAAGGUCCACAGAGUCGCCAUCUCGCAGGCAUCGAGGCAGGACGAAAUAUAGAAAAUGGAAUCGAAACAGGAAUAUCAUAUCUACAACACCUUACGAUAAUGAAGCACACUCUACUACAUCAUUAUCCACUACUAAGUCGACGAUUGAAGAUGGAAACGCACUAUUGGAUUUGAAGUCUGGAAUUAUAGAAAAUCCUACAUAUAGCGACCAACGAAAUGAGCAUUCUAGACGAUUCACUAGAAAAAGAUUACAUUUGCGUCCAACCGUUGCAGAAGAAUAUACAACUACGUCACAACCACCAUUUGUAGAGCCGAUUGAUACGACAAAUCGUCCGCAACGUCGUAUGCGAUAUCGCAAUAGAUUUAGAAGAAUUAAAACAACUACCCUAAUACCUGUUUAUAACGAAAACCCGAUAGAAGAGGAAGCUGAGGCAGAUGGUACAACGAUAAACAACGAAGGCACUUCUCAGAAGAAGUUAAACGUCCAGAGCCCUCCGCCACCAGUACCUACUCUAUCUCCAUGGUUCGAUGGAUUUGGAAAAUAA